AUGUUCUCGGACCAUGGUUGGAUUUCGCAAGAUGCACUGCUCCGGACGGACUAUGCUAUGGUCAGUCUGACUUCAACCAUCUUCGUGGCCCGGACCGGCAUCCAGGUAUGGAGACGCAGAAGGAUCGAGUGGCAGGAUGCAUGGCUUUACGUUGCAUACGUCGCUUACAUCGUCUUCUCUGUCCUUUACAUUGUCAUUACGCCGACGAUCUUCAAAUUAGAGCACCACAGGAAGGGCGAACCCGUCCGCUGGGAGGGUAUGGAGAAGGACAUCAAGUUCAUGUCCCGAGUUUUGUGGUCUAGUGGAAUGGAGUUCUGGACUUGUCUCUGGUUCAUCAAGUUUGCUUUGCUGGCGCUGUACAAAAAGCUGCUUCUGGGACUGCCGAUGAUCUAUCUAUGGGUCUGGCGAGGGACAGUUGUGUUCUGUAUAUUGACAUACAUCACCUGCAUUAUCACAGGGCCCGUGAUCGGAUGCGAAAGCCUCAAGAAGUACUUCGAGAGGAACGAAUGCUUUACUCCCACAGACGUUCGGCAUCAAACAGCCAGUCUUUACUACGCAUACGCUAUUGACACUGUGACGAACUUCAUGGUCAUGUUCCUUCCGAUUCGAUUGAUCUGGAACCUUCAGAUGGCGCGAGUCCAAAAGGUUUGCAUCGGAUUGCUAUUCGCCUCUGGUCUCAUCUGCAUCCUGUUUGCAACCAUUCGCGUUGUGCAGAUUGGCAUCCGGGACGGCAAGCCCAUGACGCCAGAGCCAAAGUGGUUAACGCUCUGGACAAUCAUCGAGUGCUCGACAGGUACAGCAACCCCUCCCAUACUCCGUUGUUUUUGCUCCAUUGCAAGUCUCGUCACUAACGUCUCGAAAGCUGUCAUAAUCGGCUGUUGUCCUCAAUUUGCAACCCUCACACGGAAGAAGAAGAAUGAUACCUCAGACGCCUACAACGUACAAGGCUACAUUCGGCAGUCUACGAGUCGACCCACUACGCAGGGGCGCGACGAUGUUGGGUUGAAGAGCAUGAUUACGUCGGGCGUCCAUGGCAAAGCUGCUGAUGAAGCGUACUGGGAAGACGCACACAGCAGCCAGGAGGAACUCGCGAGGAGCCAGGAGAUUAGAGUGACGACAACUUUUCAGCUGGACAACGAGCGGCGGUCAGGAAAGUUUCGUGUCUGA